AUGAACCUUCUGUCUCCUGGAGUUCACGGUGCUUAUAGUGUGGAAAUAAUUUAUCCCCACACAUUUGGUGCUGCGGGUGGUGCAAACCCUGCACAGCCCUUUCCCUCUUAUGGCUUCAUCAAGUACUCCAUUCCUCAGCCCCCAGGCAGACAGAGUGUGGAAGUCUUCUACCCCUAUGACUUCACUCGGCAAAUGCACGUUUUAUUCACCACCCUGCUUUGUUUUUUGCAGGUUAUGCCAUUUGAAUUUCCUCCUCAGAACAUUCCCCAGCAGCCCAUGAAUAUUCCAACAUUUGCCGCCAAUGCUCUUCCCUCCCAGGAUCCCCCUCAGCCGCUCCAGCAGGACCAGCCCACACAGACAAGCCAGAUGCCAGCGAAGGUGUAA